AUGAGUGGGGGCCACCUGGGGCCUGGGGAGAGCCUCAGAUCUAACACUGGCAGCACACGGGGACACAGCAGCUGGACUGGGAGCAACAGGGCUUGCAGCAGGUGGACUGGCAGCAGGUGGACUGGCAGUAAGAUGACCCACAGCCCCCCUUGGAGCCCCCACAGGACCCACAGCCCCCCUUGGAGCCCCCACAGGAUCCGCAGCCCCCCUUGCCACAGCUGGAGCAGGAACAGGCUGGCACACAGUAGCACACGGGCUUGCAGCAGCAGACAGGGACACAGCAGCCGGAGCCACAGCCCCCACAGCCGGAACCACAGCCCCCACAGCCGGAACCACAGCCCCCACAGCCGGAACCACAGCCCCCACAGCCGGAGCCGCAGCCCCCACAGCUGGAGCCGCAGCCCCCACAGCCGGAGCCGCAGCCCCCACAGCCUGAGCCGCAGCCCCCACAGCUGGAGCCGCAGCCCCCGGAACAGCCACAGCAGCCCAUGGUUCAGGUGGGUUGAGAGAGGAGCAGGUGGGAAGAGCAGGUGGGAGGAGGUGCAGAUGUGGAGCCUCCUGUGCCCAGGUCCUGGGACCCGGCUGGGCGCUCAGUACAGCGUCCCGGCCGUGCAGGGCUGGGCUGGAGGAUUCCGAGAGCUGACCGAGACCGAGGAUCCUGGGAGCUUCUCCCGACAGGUGGCCAGUUCUUCCCGUGGAGGGCGGUUCCCGCUCCCAGGAUAA